ACACUGAAAAGUUUCCUGUGUAGAUAACUCAGGCAAACCCUUUAAUGCUAUUCGGUGACCCUGCUGCCAUGCAACGUAUUCAUUUCGAUACUGAGAAUCGCCUUGCAGUUUCACCGUAGCAGUCACGAGUAGCCAGGCUAUAAUAGCCUCCCGACACAGGUUUGACAGAAACAGAACCACGACGACCUGCCUAACGAGGAUCUUCCCUGCGCUCUUCCAUGGGAGCGGAGCUUAGCAAGAACUCCACGAUGGAUGAGACCUCAGACGAACCUCCCACUUCUGCCGUCCUCUUAGACAACUGCCACUUCUCCCAGGUCACCUUUAAUAACGUGGAGAAGUUCUAUAUUCCCGGAGGAGACGUAACCUGUUAUUACACGCUCACAAACAACAUUGUUCCUCGCGGGAAGGACUGGGUGGGCAUUUUCCAGGUGGGAUGGAAAACAACCCGGGAGUAUUACACGUUCAUGUGGGCUCCUCUGCCCAGUGGUGUCAGCGGUGAUACUGCUGUGCAGCAACAGAUCCAGUUCAAAGCUUACUACCUACCAAAGGAUGAUGAAUACUACCAGUUCUGCUACGUUGACCAGGAUGGAGUGGUCCGUGGAGCCAGCGUACCUUUCCAGUUCAGAGCAGAGACUGAGGAUGAUAUCCUGGUGGUUACCACACAGGGAGAAGUAGAAGAGAUUGAACUACAAAACAAAAAUUUGCUUAAAGAAAAUGAGGAGCUGAAAGAAAGCUGUACAAGUCUCCAGAAAAAGAAUAUGGAUCUGCAGGAGCAACUCAAGAAGACACAGGAGCUGCAGAAUGGUUUUGAGUCUCUAAAGAGCAACAAGGAGAAACUGGAGCUGGAGCUGAAUUCCCUGAAAAAAGAAAACAAACAUCUCAAGGAGCUGGAUAACUGCAGAGAGGCAGAACUGCACCAACUCAAAGAGCAAAUUCAGAAUGUGACCUCUGAAAAGGAACGCCUGGAAACCAGACUGAAAACAGUCCUGGAUCGCAUGGAUCAGCUACAGUCUCAGGUGUUGAAUUAUGAGAAAGAAGUGGAAAACCUGGCUCGUCUGGACCAUGACAAGACUGAGCAGCUUGAAAGUUUGAAGGAAGAGAAUCGCCAGUUGCGCGUCACUGUAGCUGAACAGAGGAAGCACAAGGAGGAGCUUGAACAUGCCCUGGAGAACCUGAAGGGGAUGGAGGCCAGCCUGUCACAUUUUCUGCAGAAUGAGCAGGAUCAAAACCGUGACUUAAUGAAAGAACUUGAGGAGACAAAACAUUUGUUUCAGAUUUUGCAGGAAAAGAAGAAUGAAACUGAUAAGGAAAACCAGAAACUAAAGGAUGAGCAUAAUGCCCUCUUGAGACGUCUCUCACAGACUGCAGACCUUUCUUCCUUCUCUGUUGUUUCACCAUCUCAACACCAAAUUCGACCUUCUGCAAUGGGAAGCCUUGUGUUUGGAAAUCCUUACUAUGCUUCAGGAGCAAACCUGGAGGCAAGAGCUGCAGACGUAGCUUCUAUAAGGAAAUGCCCCAUGUGCGACGAGGUAUUUCCUGAAGAUAUUGAUACAAGUCAGUAUGAGGAACAUGUGCAGAGCCACCUUCUGGACUGCCCUCUCUGCCAUGAGACCUUUGAAAAGUCCAAUAAGCAGGUGUUUGAUGAUCAUAUUUAUUGUCAUGGCCUGGAAUAAUUCUGAAUUCUCAUCUGCUGUGUAGAAUAGGUGGCAGAGGCCAUAGUAUAGCAUAGACCAGAAUCAUUCUAUAGGCUUGAUUCAUGCUAAUAGAAUCACCCAGACAAGACUGAAUAUGCCACUAGUACUGUAAUUCUGAGCUUUCUGUUCCAUGCAGCACGUGACCUGACGCUUAAAUUGGGUCAGACAUCCAUAUCCUGAAAUUGAAUCAGCGUCAUCAACUUAAGUCUGUCUUGGAUCAAGUAUAUGUACUUGUUAAUUGGUCACAAUUCCUGUAAUUAUUAAUUUAACUGAAUGUGGUAUCAGUACUUUAGAACAGUCCAUGUAACUGUUCAUCCAGGUUGGGCCAAGUAAAGAGAUGUGGUGCAGCAAUUUUCUGACCUUGGCAGAUACAUCUCUAUUAUAAUGGUUUUAUUCUUUAAUAUAGCACUGUGAUUCCUAACCAAAGACCAGAAACAUUGUAUAAUCCUUUAGGAUCAGACUUUCAGUCUGCUCACCUUCUGGAAUGCAGAAUUAAUUACUAAUAAAUAACUGAAUAACUAAAUAAAAAUGUAUUUUCCUCUCUUCUUUCACCCUCAGUCCUAAAGCAAGAGAAAGCUGUAUAUUUAUAAUGAGACUCAGUAUCUAUUUGCAGAUCUAAAGGUCUAGGACCCAUCCUUCCAGCAUAGCUUGUUGUAGAGCAGGGCACAUAAAUUGUUGUCCCUUUUCUCCAUAUGACCAGAUUUACAGUGAAUAGUGAUACAGUAAAUCUGUGCUUGUGCAGUCAGUCUAACACUUGUCAUGCAUCCAUCUCAUAAUGAGGAAACUCAGUGAAAUGUCUGCAACUAGGAAGGUCGGUAUGGCGUGGAGCCCGUAGGAAAGCAGGAGCUGAAUUCUCCUGACAGAGCAGAGCAUGUAUGGCCUCUCGAUCAGAAAUUAGGCAUCCACCUUUAAAGGAUGUGAUGAAUCUGGGUUAUUUCCCUUUUAUGUUUCUAAGCCUUCUUGAUUUAACAAGAAGAGCUUUUUCUCAAACCAAAACAUUUUGAUUCAAAACUAUUAAGUGCCUUGGGAUUACAAUGCUUUGUUCACAGAUCAUUCGGUUGCUAUUUUUAUUUCUGCUUUGGGGCUUUCAAUUUAUGACAAACAUGAAAGGGUAAAGUUUUAUUUUCUACCUGUAUUAAACUGUGUUUACUGCUGAAUAGCUGAAGCAAUAGGAAACCCUAGUAAGUUUCUAUAGAGUUUUAGUGUUAAGAAUAACAGAGACUUCAAAAUGUUUACUGUUUUGAUUUUAUGCACAUAAACUUUUUUAUCAAUCUAGGUUUAAAUAGAGUAUUUCUGUACUAUACUGGUAAGCAUUAUUUUAAAAAAUCUGUAACAGAAAAUAGGAGCAAAUAAAAAAUAAAGCUAUACUGAGAAAAUCCUUCAAGAA